UCCUCUUUCCCACUUCCCAUCAAUUCUUCAUCACCCACCCCUUCGCAUUUGCUAGGACGCUGUUUUAAAAAAAAACCAAUUUUAAUUCCAUCUACAGCGUCCUUCCUCGCUUUGAUACAUCAUGCCUGCAUAUCACUCCUCUUUUAAUGAAGUAACAGACCUUCGCUCCAUCGGAGGCAUAGCCUUCUUACCCAUCAAAACUCGCGUUCGUGGUCCUGCUCCUAUUGCCGAUGCGAAUGCUGAAGACAUCAUUGACGAAGCUUUGAACUUGUUCCGCGCCAAUGUUUUGUUCAGGAACUUUGAGAUCAAAGGCGACGCAGACCGUCUCUUGAUCUACCUCAUUCUCUACAUCACAGAGUGUCUCGGUAAGCUUACAAGGAACCCCAGCUUAAGAGAAGCUGAAAAGAUUCUUGGUACUUUGGCUUUGGGUAACUUUGCUAUUCCUGGCGAUGCUACUUUUCCUUUGAAUGCUCUCUACCCAGCUCCUACAAACAAAACAGAUGCCGAUCUUUUGCGUCAGUAUUUGUCUCAGCUGCGUCAAGAGAUGGCUGUACGUCUUCCUAACCGCAUUUACGAGAACGACAAGCCAGGAAAGUGGUGGAUGUGCUUCCAAAAGAGAAAGUUCAUGAACAAAUCAUUGUAAAAAAAAAAAGAAAAAGAAAAAGAAAAAGAAAAAGAAAAAAGACAUUCGAUCCAUGGAAGCCAGCACUCCUCCUAUGCAUGGAUAGAAACAGGGGACAUAAACAAGCACCCUGAAUAGUCAACACCCUCGAAUACAGCCAAAAAUACAAUAAACCUUCAAACUAGUAUUAGCUAUCCAAUGGCUCGCGCACUAUUGAGGCGGCUUCAUAACUCACAAUAUAACAUCGUCUGAUCUUACAUUGGAAAAGAAAAGAACUUAUAUUAUACAAAUACUUUCAACUGCCAACACGCCAACU